UGACAGUAAUGGGUGGAGUCUGCAGGCAGUCUAAACUGUGCCGCGAUCCCGUACAGCGUGCUUCCCCAGGCAGCGCCUGCGACAUACAUACAUACAUACAGGCGACAGCUGUACAGGGGACGUAACAUCUCCCGUCCGAGUAGCAGUAAUCAGUGACAUCGGGCCAGCAGCAUGUCUAAAAAGAGGGGUCUUAGUGUUGAGGAGAAAAGAACGAAGAUGAUGGAGAUAUUUUUUGAAACUAAGGAUGUAUUCCAACUAAAGGACCUAGAGAAAAUUGCCCCAAAGGAGAAGGGAAUUACAUCCAUGUCAGUGAAGGAGAUUCUGCAAAGCCUGGUGGAUGAUGCAAUGGUAGACUCGGAGCGAAUAGGAACUUCUAAUUAUUUUUGGGCCUUUCCCAGCAAAGCUCUUCAUACAAGGAAAAGAAAACUGGAGACAUUGGAAAGCCAGUUUACAGAAGCAAAUCAGAAGAAAAAACACUUACAGCACAGUGUGGAAAAAUCAAAAGUUGGACGUGAAAAUACGGAUGAGCGAUCCAAGCUGGCAGAGGAACUUGCAUUGUUGAGGCAGCAAAGGGAGCAACUGAUGGCAGAGCUAGACAAACACAAAGAAUGUGAUCCAGAUGUUAUAGAAGAGAUUCGUAAAGCAAACAAAGUGGCCAAAGACGCUGCUAAUCGCUGGACUGAUAAUAUAUUUUCUGUCAAAUCUUGGGCCAAGAAAAAGUUUGGGUUUGAAGAGAGCAAGAUCGACAAAACAUUUGGCAUACCUGAAGAUUUUGAUUAUAUUGAUUGAAGUAAUAUGCUUGUUAUAUGUUAAUGUAUUUAGCCAUUUGUGCAAUCCGGAAUAAAAUGCACAUUCCAAA